AUGUACAUCUCGCCCGGCACAGACGGGACUGGUCGCGACGUGUACCGCGCCCAGGGCAGACUCGAGCCGCGCCAGACUGCAAGAUCUUGCGAAAUUCCACGCGCAACACAAAACCACGUUCCCAUCAUCUUUUGCACAGUCGCUUCCAACAUGGAUUUGUUUUCAACGCUAUUAGCCGCAAAAUCAGUGAACUUCAGCCAGCAAGAGACUCUCAACCACUUCGAGAUCAAAAGUGCAGACCGGGGCGCGGACAAGGGCGAGUAUAUCGAAACAUGA